UGUGAAGACACACUGCAAGACACAGGAACAAAAAUGGAAUUAGAGGACUUUUAUAAUAAUGCUAAAUGCAGAAAUGUUAAGAACACAGCUGGACCUCAAAGACACAAUUAUGAAGAACAAGCUCGAAACUGCCGAGGAAGUCGAUGUUUGGUGCAGAUCACUGUGUGUCUCGGGAUAAUAUGUCUACUUCUGAUUGCUGCCAUCAUACUGCAGCAUUUUCAGGUUACUUCUAAGCGAGGAUAUCUGUGGGGUCCAGAUGGCUUGUUCAUGUCCACUGAGUUGAAGAGCUGGUCUGACAGCAGACAGUACUGCAGGGAUCGUGGAGCUGAUCUGGUCAUUAUCAACACUGAAGAGAAGCAGAGACACAUAUCUUCAUUAGUCAAGGAAAGAGUGUGGAUUGGUUUGUCUGACUCAGAGAAUGAGGGCAUCAUGAAAUGGGUGGAUAAUUCACCACUGAAACAAGGGUUUUGGCUCACAGGUGAGCCAAGCAACUAUGGUGACAUUGAGGACUGUAUCGAACUGAAUUUUAAUAGAGAGAAGUCGGGAUGGUCACCACUGAGCAGCUGGAAUGAUGAUGUUUGCUCUGUGAAGAAAAAGGGGAUUUGUGAGAAAUAGGAUUAAUCCAGUCUUGGGGUUUUGCUUUUAUCAUCUAAUAUAAUAAUUCUUAUUGUAAACGCAAAAGUUCGGAUUGUGGUCACUGCCUUAAAAUAAUAAAAAUAAAUCAGCUGAUCUGAAAGUUGUUAAUUGAGGGACAAUGUAAAUAUGUCAUUAUUUUCUUAUUGCUGUAAUAAUAAUUGUUUCUUAUGGUGUGAAUUUGGGUGAUCUGGGACAAAAAAAAACAAAAACUUUGUGUUUUGCACCAUCACAAGCAGCUCUGUAUUAAUAUGAUAAUUCAUCACCGAAACAAGUGUAAGAGCUAAAACACUCACUGAAAACUUCUGAAGAUUUACCUGUUUAAAAGCUUUUUAUUCUUAAUUUUUAUGAUAAGAUAAUAUUUUUUUCUACAUUUCUUGAAUUCUAACUUUUGCUUCAGUACUGUUUUAGUGUAUUUUCCUGAAUUCUGCUACUGCAUGUGAUGUUAAUUAAUGAAAUGUUUGUGACACUCCUCAUUUAGUUGGUAAUAACUAUCAUUGUAAAAGUAAGGACUGUGUUGAAAUAAGACCUUCAGAUCCUGUUCUGGACAACUAAAAUGAUGCUCAUGCUCUGAGAAGAAAAAAUGGAUUAGUGAGAAAUAGAGUUCAUGCCUACUUGUCAUGCUUGUUCUUGUUUUAUGGAAUCAUUAUUAAGAAUCUAAAAGUGUCACUGUUUCUCCUUAUUAUUCUGAUUUUGAGUAUCCGUGAAAUUGCUUUUGAGCUAAAUUGCUUUAUGAAUAAAAUGGUCGAUAACC